CCGGUACCUCUGCAUCGUCGUAACUCAAGGGAGGAUAGGCUACUGUCCUUGUGUAUUCUUGCCUUUGAACCUCUCAACACUCCGACUGGAAAAGAUCAGUGCUUGGCCAGCAUUGAGGAAGCUUUGUUCCGGCCUAUCUGGAUGUUCCUUUUGGCUCUGUUUAGAAAAGUGAAUGUACAGAGGGAAAUAGCUCUUGAAAAGAGCAUGAAAUUGUACAAGAAUGCCAUCCCAGCAGAUAUUGGUGUUCCAGCUAAGCUUUUCCCCGAGGAAUCUGCUUCAGAUGAUUCCUACCCUUAUGAAGUGGCGGUACAGGAGUUAAGGUUAAUAACCAAAGAAUACUGUCCACAAAAGAAGCUGGAAUGUAUUGUAAGAACACUGCGUCUUAUCUGCGAGUGUGCUGAACAUUACUGCAAUUCUAAGGAGGCUGGUACCUUGCAAGUUGCUUCUGUGAU